UAAAACAUGAUACACAGGCUUCUCUCCAGUAUUUAACGUAGUUUGUACAUGUGUCCAUACCAUGAGGUAGUUUCGUAAAUUACUGCAGAAACUGUCCGUAAUCUGACAAAUGUCAGAGAGGUUAACGUGUGAUAAUGCGAUAGUGAGUGCCGAAUGUAUAAUGACAUUGCAGUUAAAACAUGAACAGAUUAUUAAAUGAAAACGGAAUAACAUGUUGAUACUGAAGUUACGUGUAUUGAAUAAGUCCGGGAGACCUAUAAAUUAUGCACACUACCUCGUGUAUGACACAGAGCUGUUUAAAACAAUGAUCACUGAUCAUAAUCACAAAAAUGUACUGUAGAUAAAAAGUUAGUCACCUUAUGUAGUUGUAAACAACUCAAGAAACAGCAGACAUGGAUAAAAUUCAAUUAUGUGAAAGCUUGAUGAAGUGGCUACAAACCUUCGAUGUUGACGCACCACAUUCAACAGUGGAAGAAGUCAGUGAUGGUGUUGCAAUGGCUCAAGCAUUGGCACAGAUUGCACCUGAAUGGUUUACUGAGUCCUGGCUGUCAAAGAUCAAAACAGAUGCCGGUAGUAAUUGGCGACUUAAGGUCAGCAACUUGAAGAAAGUAAUUGAAGGCAUAGUGGAUUACUAUCAUGAUGUUCUUAAUCAACACCUUAGUGAUUUCAACAAGCCUGAUGUUGUCAGAAUUGGAGAAAAAUGUGAUGCUGCAGAGCUGGGGCGCUUGUUGCAGCUUAUUUUGGGAUGUGCAGUUAACUGCAACCAGAAGCAAGAAUAUAUAACCAAGAUAAUGAUGUUGGAGGAAUCAGUGCAACAGGUAAUAAUGCAGUCCAUUCAAGAGCUUGAGUCUGCUAGCCAGGCAAGUUUUGGUCCCGUUGCCGGAGUUGAACUAGAGGCAGAAGCUCAAAGGCUAGCUUUAGCUCUAGAGGUGGCUGCUGAGGCUCGUGACCAAAUGGCUCAAAGGUGCCAUGAACUUGACAUGCAGGUUACAUUACUGCAAGAGGAAAAAGCAAGUGUAUUAAAUGAAAACAAAAGGUUACAUGAGAGGUUGCGAGAGUUUGAAAUGUUGGAAGGACCCAUGGCCGCUUCAGGUCACAAGUGCAAAGAAUUGCGUAAACAGGUUGAUGCCCUGAAGGAAGAAAUAUUUAAGUUGGAAACAUCACGAGAUGAUUUUAGAGCAAAAGUAGAAUUGCAAGAAAAAGAGCAUCUUGAGAUGCAAGCAAAGAUUGAAGACUUGCAGAAAAUGGCUGAUGAAGCACAACACCUGAAAGAUGAAGUUGACAUCUUGCGAGAAACAGCAGAUAUGGUUGGAAAAUAUGAAGCUACAAUAGAGUCAUAUAAGAAACGAUUGGAGGAAGUUGGUGAUCUUAGGAGACAAAUCAAAAUCCUUGAAGAAAAGAAUACUGACUACAUGCAGCAGAAUAUGGAACUAGAGGAGGAGUUGAGGAAGAGUGGAACACUGAAGCAGCAGUUAGAAAUGUAUAAGAAACAAGUAGCAGAAUUAGAUGAAAAAUUAAUUGAGGAAACAAAAAGAGCCGAUAGAGUUGAAUUUGAAAGUAAAAAACUUCAAGAACGACUGCAUGCCCUCCAGAGGGAAAAUCAGAGGCUAAUCAUUGAGCGUGAUUCCCUGAAAGAGACAAAUGAGGAACUGAAGUGUUCACAACUGCAGCAGCGUGGAAACUGUACACCAGAUACUCUUCUAGUUGAAACUGUGCCUGAAAACAUGAUAGCUCCUGAAAUUAAGGAAAAACUUCUGAGGCUGCAGCAUGAAAACAAGAUGCUGAAACUGAAUCAGAGAGGUGAUGAUGAUGAAAAAUUAUCAGUUGUGCAAGCAAUGCUUGAGGAUACGACAAAAAGAGUUUCACAGCUCCGAGCAGAUAAUAGACUUGCAAACCAACGUAUUAUGGAGCUAGAAAGUCAGCUUGAGGAGGCACAUGAGCGUGAUGACAGUGGUGGAACUGGUUUGCGGCACUGUGUCACCACACUCCAGGAACAACUGAGAGUCAUUCAGUCUGAGAAGGAACGAUUGGCAUCACAGCUUGAAGACCUUGAAUCUUCAAUUAAUGAGUACAAACGAAGGGAUGCAACAUUACAGGAUACAUUGCGCCGCAAAGAUCAGGAACUUCAGCAGCAGAAUGAAAGGUAUCGAAAAUAUGUAGAAAAAGCAAAAGAUGUCAUUAAGAUAAUGGAUCCAAAGCAGAGUGUAGAUGCCACAGCCGAAGUUGCAGUUCUCCGUAGUCAGCUCCAAGACAAGGAAAAGAUCAUUGAGGACCUGGAGGAAGAGAAAGAACAAAAUAAAGUUUGCCAUGAAUUGGAGGAGAGACUUAUGACAUCAGCAUUUUAUAAACUUAGUUUGACUCUCCAAAGUGCAGCUGUAGACCACAGAAUUGCAGCCCUCAGUUCUGGACAGGGGCAAUCAUUCCUUGCCAGACAACGGCAAGCUAGCGGUCGGGGUGUUGUGCACAGCCUGGAGUCUCGCUGACUUUGAGCCAUGCCAUGGCAAAAAUAGGGUUGUGGUGGUCCUGAGUGUGAAAUAGUCAGAGUAACUUAUGGACAAGCUGUAGAAAUUAUGAAGUUGUUAACCUGCUUUUGAAGCAACUUGUUUUCUUUUAAAAUAUCGUCCUUCAUUCUUGACUAUUUAUUUAAUAAGAAUCUAAAGCAGACUAGAUUUGUUACAGAGAUACAUGUCCAAAAUUCAACUUUUCUAUCUUUAUGGACAAAGCUUAUAAAAUUUCUUUAAGUCUUACCAGAAAUUGGGAUUAUUUAUGCUGAUGUGAUUCCUGUUAUUUUUUGUUAUAGUUUUAAAUCUGAAGUCAUAUUGUAUCCCAAAGAGAUUCGUGUUAAUACCUUAUGAGCAUUGUUUGCCUUCUAAGGACCAACUUUAUAUGAUGGUUUCUUUUUACUCUGUGAUAAAAGGUUUGGUUAUUGUGUUCAUGAAAUUUAUAAGGAACAAGUCAUAUAUGUGUGAAAAAUUGAUUAUUUUGAUAAUGUACAAAAUGUUUUAUGAAUUUGUAAUGUGUAUUUUAAUAGCCUAAUCACUCCACAAAAAGUGGAGAGUGUGACUUAUAAUGGAAGGCUGUUACUUCCGGUGUGCUUUGCUUUUUAUACUUAAUUGCUGAUUUCACAAAAUGUGAAAAAGGUGACUUAACAUUGGAUGAAUGUCACUGACAAGAUACCAUGUUUUUUAUACUUAAUAACGUUACUCUCAUUAAGGCCAGUUUUUUAACAGACAUGCUCCUUCAUACAGUGCUGAAGAUGUGAAGAACAUGUACCCUGGCGUGUGGUUUCCGUGUGUGUGUGUGUGUGUGAGAGAGAGAGAGAGAGAGAGAGAGAGAGAGAGGGGGGGGGGGGCUUCUUUUCAUGUAGUUCUUGGACAAUCAUUUUAAUGCUGGGAAUUUGUGCUAACCUAUUGAAGUUGGGGGAUUGAAUAAAACAGUGUGAAUCAUAAGUUGUGAAAAUGUGAACAUUGAUGUCUCUUCUCAGAGGUUUCUGAAGAAGGAAAAGUUGAGAUAAAGGUUUACUUGUUGUUAUAUGUACUAUAGUGUGAUAGUACUGUGUAUGGAUGGAAGUUCAUGCAAGGCAUGUAGCAAUCUUAGAAAAUGGGAGUAGAGAGAAAUACACAUACACCAAGAAUAAGCAAUACCAAAUACAUUGGAAAGUACAAUAAGGGGGCCAAUAAAGAUUUAACACCAUGGGAGACCUAUAAACAAAUUUUGAAGAAGUUGGUCAAAAUGCUAGAUUUAGUUGAUGUAAAGAAAUAUAGCUUGUAGAAAGAUAUAAACAUUAUCUGAGAUGCCAUAUUGGUAUGACAAUAGGAAAAUAUAUGGUAUGAAAUAGAAUUUUACCAGUCUUAUUAUGAGAACAACGAGUCUACCCCUCUUUUCACCUUCAAAGGAAAAUGGUAUAGGCCUUCACUUGAUAAUUCCACCCUUCCCCUGUCUUUAUUUCUGAAGCCAUACACGUGUUGUUUUAUUUUGUCUUUUAAUUUGUUGUUUGAUUGCAUAUAAUGCACUCAAAUUUUUCUGGUGUCGUAUCACAUCAUGGCUGUUGUGAGAUAAUUUUAACUCGAUAGAGAUGCACCAAUGAUUUACAUAUGUUAUGAUUAACUGAUGUUGCCAUUCUUCAUACAUUCUCUUGUAUGAAGUAUUUAAAGUGCUGAGGAUGAUUUUCUGUACAAUAUCUGACAAAAUCCAAUCAAAAUAUGAUUUACAGUUAAAGAGUGAACCAUAUUAUCUGAUUUAUUUUAUGUAGAUUCAUUCAUGUAUCUCCAUUGUUCAAUAUGAUGAAGGAAUUGCUUACGGCUUUGAUUAAAGAACAGUGCUGGCAUUUGUGUGAAGGAGCCAUUUAGAGAAACUGGCUGUUAAUACAAGGUAGAAUGUAUGAUCCGUUUCUGUGUAUUCUGUAGACUAUCUCUGUUACUCCAGCUGUUGUGUUGUUUUGCAGACUUAAUUACUGGAUGUAGGCUGCUUUAAAAUGUUUAGCAUUUAAAAAAUAAUUUUUGCUUGAUUGCAGUAGACAUAGUGCUGCCUGUUUUUGAAGAAAAUUGGUGAUCUAUUUUUGACAGUGUGUAUUACUUUUUAAGUACAUUUUAUUUUUGAAAACUGACAAUAUCAUUGCAAAAUUUGCAUUGUUGAGUUGAUUUAUUUUUUUAUGAUUUUUCUUGUAUUCAUUAUGUCAAGAAGGAGCCCAGAAUGAUUUUAAAGAAAUUUUAAAACAAUGUUGACAUUAUACAUUCCUUGAACUCUGCUGUUAAAUCUGAUAGUAGAGGUGGGAAAUGUGGCAGUGUGGUGUUUUACUAAACAGUGUCUCAUGGCACGGAAUUUUUCCACACUUUGGAAUGCACACAGUCUUUCACAGUGUCAGAUAAAAAUUCUUUGUAGAGAUCAGCGAUCAUUAUAGAUGUUCAGUCCGAAUUGCAGUUUACUUAAUUACCUUGUAAAUAAUGUAUUUGAGUUAACACCCAUCAUCAAAAUCUGUAAUAACAAAGAGCAAAUUAAAAUAUUGAGCAUGUGCCUAAUCACAAUAUAAUGACUACAUAUUUGAAAAGUUAUACUUAACUAGAAAUAAAUAAAAUAGAUAUGGUACAAUGGAUCGUAUCACGAUUAUUGUGUUGUGUUUAAGUAGGGGAACCUAAGGUGGUUUGGCCCACUUUUUAAAAUGCAUGUUGUAACCCCCUGAAUAUUUACAGUACCUACCUGGUUUAUAAAAAGUGUUCUCCAUCUUGUAAAAAUAACUUUAGAUCAGUUUUGUCUAACAGCUGAAAUAUGGGUCAAAGCUCCCUGACUACGGGAGGCCUCCCCGAUGAUAAAUGUAUUAAUUGUGUCAUGCAAAACAGUUGAGUAUAAAACAUACCUGUGUAUAGUUCUAAUGUACAUCCAUUGCUGAAAAUGUGACAGGAAACAUUAUCUUAGAGGCACUAUGAUGCAUUCCCCAAGUUAAAACUGGGUUGGGUAAUUUUCUAGCAACUCUUAAAAUAGCUACACGAGCUUCAUCAAUGUUAGGAAAAUGAAAAUAAUUUGAUUUGGGUGCUACUCUUCUCAAAAACUUACUUUGCUUUCACUGCCGUUUAUAAAUUUUAAUACAUAAAAGCAUCCCUCUCUUUUUCUCACAUCAAAUUUCAAAAGAACAUAGUCCUUCACUGAAGUCUGGAAAUUCUUGGAAAUCCUCAUCAUCUUCUUAUGUUAGGAGAGGUUGUUUCACUGUUUUUGCUACACUUUUCUGAUUUCUUUUACUUAGCCUUUCAGCAUACUCCUCUUCAGUGACUUUUAUUAUGGGUGUGUCAGUCAUAAUUCUACUGAAACAUCUUUUCUACCAACUUCAGUGUUAUUUCUUGGACAUGCUCUUGGAAAUGGUCUGACUCCCUAUAGAGAUAAGUAGACUAUUUUCUCAGUAAUAUGACAAGGUUUCUGCAGCAGUCUGGCUACAUGUUCCAUGAGUUUCAAGAAAAGUUUUAGAUACAGAAACUGCUGUGUGGCCUUGCAAAGGUGUAAACAUAACUGCAUUAUUCUCUAUGGAAGUGGAUGCUACUGCAGUGUCCUCCAUAGAAGUAGAUGGUCCUCCGUAGAAGUGGCUGCUGUCGGAAGCCCCUUGUAGAAGUGAAUGCAUUUGCAUGAAUGUCCUUACAAGUUAAUGUGGCUGCUACCUUUUCUGUAGAAGGGGAGUCUGCAUCCACAUAUGAUCUAUCUAUAACAUAUGACUCUAAAAAAAUCAUCCUCAGUAAAAAUGUUGGUGUUAAAUGGCCAAAUACUAGUGCAGGCAAAACCUUUGUGGAUAUUAACUGUGUUAAAUGCAUGAGGAAACUCCAUUCCAACCAAGAUGAGUGAGCAUAUAGUCAUCAGCCACUUUAUUAUAAAAAAUCUUAAAAUGACCAAAUAUAGCCCUAUGGGGUGCAAUCUGUGAUUAGUACGAGGUGAUAGAGUCAGUAGUGUUAUUCCAUUAUCCUUGACAAUCAUUAGAACUUUCGGAGUGAUGUGUGAGGCAUCAGUGUCAAGUGUAAUUACUGUUGGUUGACCAAUGGAUGUUUUAGAGCAUUUGAUGAAGUGAGUAAGAAAAUUCUUAAAAUUCUUGCCAGUCAUCCACCCCCUGUCAUGACAGCAGAACUCUGAUCCUGGAGGAACACCAACUUUGUUGUUAAAAGUGGGUGCUCUUCCAGUGCUUGUAGGUUGUGGAGUUCACAGAGUAAUUUCUUGUUCCAGAGCAUGAAACCAAGGAGACAAUCAUAACGUGUUGCUUUUUAAUCUUUUGAUUGUCUGGGUAGCAGAAAUUGUGAGUAGCUUGGUGAAGGGCAGCAGCAAAUUCAUAAACAAAAUUUCUAGCUUGAAUUGUUGUUAAACCAUAAUUUAACUUACUGGCCUGAAUCAUAAUUUAUCAGGUCAGCUUCCUGGCUCAUUGCAAAUAUUUGAUUAGAUACAUGGUUUGCUUUAAUGGUAGUUUCCUUGCACAUCUUACUUUCUCAGCAUAUCUUUCCAAUGUUUUUCUGUCCAUAUUGAAAUCUUUUGCAGCCUUUCUGAUACUUUCACUAUUUUCAGUACCUGCAUAAUUGCAUCUUUUAUUCUUUCAGAGAAUCUCUCUUACUGGCAUUUUUGUUAGCAUUCCAAAUAACGGACAUGCUGAAGAAAAGAAACGGAAUAUCAUUAAAAGCGCAGUAAAAUGAAACUGAUUGUUGGGUACACAAGCCUGACAUAAGAUCUCAACAAAACUGCAGUAUAAGCAAUAAAAAUUUUGAAAUAUUUACAAAAUUACUGUAUAAAACUAAAGAGAAAUAACUGAUAAAUAAAUUUCAUUUAAUUCCAUCCUGAUUAAAAUAUUAGUUUGACUUACCUAGAGGCUUUCAAGUGAAAUGAGAAAUAUUCAGUUUGUUCACAGUAAACAAAUAAACAUUAGCUGUUGCUGUACUAUUUCACAAAAUCACUUCUCUUUGCAUAUGAUUAUUUUCGAAGGUAAUUUACCACUAGACAGAACCACAUUUCUCUGCUCCAAAGAUGAUAAAACCCCGAAUGGUCAAACCUCCCUACCUUACCCUACUAAUCCUGACAACAUACGUUGAAUUUCUUCUGUUAUGUGAGACCUUUCUUAUAUGCGAUCAUUAUACUGCGAUUAGGUGUAUAUUGCUCAUUGUAACUUGCACUUUAUCACAUAUUCUGAUGAUGACAUUAGCAGAAAUACGUUAGUUGUACAAGGGAAUUCAGUAAAUUGCACUCUAGCCUGAGUACUGAUUAUAAGUAAAUAUGCAGUUUAAUUCGUGUAGCUGUUUUCAGUAGGUAUAUCAUAUCGCUGUUUAUAGAACAUUCCAUUGAGAGCCUCCCCUUCAGGCUACUACUUUUACAAUCAAAGGACGUGAUCUGUAUCUUUGUAAUCAUCUUCUGCCUUAUGUUGGUUUUGAUGUAUUUUGACUUAUCCACUGCCUUAGUUUGUAAUUAACCGUGUCCAGACAUCUUGAUUUAGAAUUUUUGAGCUUUUCCAAAAUGGCUUUAGUCAGUUGCCAGGAUAACUCCUUCAACAGGCCACAGUCAGUUUCUUCCUUCUUCUUCUCCUUCUUCUUCUUCUUCAUUUUUCUUCCAAUCAAGAUAAUGCUCCUUUUCUGAUGAUGUGGAGCUGCUUUAUAUUUUAAUCAAGGAAAGACAGCUCGUAGUAUUUAUUUGUCUAUUUUGUUUCUUUUUAUGGGAUGAGGUCAGGCAGUUGUAGAACCUUCAGUUCUUUUCAAUUAUAUGUUAGUAAGAUUGGAGUGGGGACAAGACAAUUUCCAGAGAAAAAUAUUCGGGAGAUUUCCAGUUUCAGCAUUUGGGAUUGGUUAUUAUAUAAUUUAUUUUUGAAACCUUUCACAGACAGUGCACUAACUAACUGAUUUAUACAAGUAUGAUUCAUGAUGUGCAUUCACAGCUUCACUUCUGAAAGUACCUCUCUCUUACUUUCACCAAACAAGAUGGUACAGUGUUAAGACACUGACUCACGUUUGGGAAGAUGAUGGUUCAAAUCGUCAUCUUGCCAUCCAGAUCUGGAUUGUUGGUUUACUUAAAUUGCUUAAGGCAAAUGCCAGCAUGAAUCCCCAACUCAAGCUUUGCUCCAUUUGUAAUGCUCUUGGUGUAAACAGGGUGUUAAACCUUAAUUUUCCUCACUGCCUUCUUUCACCCACUUUUCAGACAUCACAGAAUCUCUCCUGCAUACUUUGCUGGACUAGUUCACCCAAAAGAAAGGAUACUGUGGAAAAUUGGCUUACCCACAGCACAGGGGAUUGCAUCUAGAAUGAUCAUUCACUUUGCAGUGAAGUGUGCACUGUUUUCAAACAUUGUGGCAGGACAAAACUAUGUGCUAGAUAAAUUGUUGAAUCUGGAAUUCUUUCAGUUUUGUGGUAAUGCAAAUGAAAGGUUCAUUCUGAAAAUACUGUCCUCACCAAAAAUAUUUAGGCAUAAUGUGAUACAGGUGUCUGUUUUUCCAUGUGUAAAGGAGGUAGGUCAAUAACUUAAACAACAUUUAGUGGUAUGAAACUUUCUGGCAGAUCAAAACUGUAUGCUGGACUGAGACUCGAACUCGGGACCUUUGCCUUUCGUGGGCAAGUGCUGUACCAUCUAAGCUACCCAAUCACGACUCACGACCUGUCCUCACAGCUCUAAUUUCACCAGUACCUCCUCCCCUUAGUGGUAUCUUGGAUCAUAGAUGAGAUUAUUCUCACCAUUUGUGUAUUGUUCUGUUACCAAAUCAGUCGUCACUGUAUGUUUUGUGCAACAGCUGAAAGUUGCUAACUUCACACCCAUCCCUCCUCAAACCAAAAGUUGCUGACAGUGUUUUGUUACUUUGCUUCAUUGUUCUCAUAGAGCGACUCGAGAACAAUUAGUACUUCUCCUCUGGUGAAGCUAAGCUGGAACAGAAAAAAAAUCUGUCACUGUGCACAAUCACUCAGAAGUAGUGACUACAAAACAAAAAGCAUUCUGGGAACUUUCUCUACAUACCAUGUAUUGUGGCUUGUUUUUGUUGUGCAAUAUUCUGCUUUUUUUGUAUUUGAUUCAAGAUACUUAUUGUAUUAUUGUAAUAUAUUAAAUUUGAGAUUUUUCUACCUAAUAUUUUGUAGGCUGAGAGCUGGUAAUUAUACUUACCAUAGUCCUAUUACAGAGGAUUUUCAGUUGGUGUAAUCCCACAGCCUUUAAAUAUUUAUCAACUCCUAUUAACGACCAACAGCUGCUGUGAUGAAUCACUUUAUUUUUUCUGAAGAGAUUCAGUGCAGCAGUUCUUGUUUGGUCAAUAUGACUUCCAGUACAUUACAAUAUCUCUAAUCAAGUAACUGUUUGUGUUUGAAACCAAUUUUAUUUUUUGCAUGCAAGUAUUAUGCACAGAAAGUGUCAGCCACAUUUUAGGAAGACCUUAUCUUUUUUUCUAUUUGACUUCCCCAUCUCUGAGGACUCUUAAUGGCAAAGCAUGUUAUUUCUGUCAAGAAAUUCAUCGCAGUGGGACGCCAAGGAUGAUAUAUAGUUGUCAAUAUUGGCGACACUCUUGCAGGCAAUAUUUCUGGAUAUUACCUAUAAAUUGUACUGUAAUAAGUUAUUACAUGAAAUAUGACACAAUAUUUUAGGGUCUCUCCUUCAUAAAUUCCAUAUUGUGCAUCAGUACUCUAUAGAGUUGCAAUUGCUGCAGCUAAUUACAAACAGAAUGUGCUUCUAUGCUUAUUUAAUUAUUACAUAAAGUGUUUUCCUUGCCUGUCGCCACUGUACAUCAGACCUCUAGCGACAGAUUGGUCAAACUUUGUGGAUAUUUAAUCUUUUCAUUAGUUUUUCUUUUGUUCCUUUUAAAUAGGAUUGAAGCAAAAUAUUACAUAGUUUUUAGUGGUUGGAAUAUUCUGGUUUCUGUCAUAACAAUAAAAUGCUCUUGGUUUCAUUUCCUUUUGAAGGGCUGUUACAAAAUGGCCAUCCCAUGGCCACUUUGAGCAUAUGAGAUAACUUACACCAGCAGAUACUGUUUCCUUUUAGGAGUUAACAGAGUUCAAGCAAGUCAUAUAUUAAUGAAAUCCCUCAGACCACAUGUCAUAACACCCUUUCCCCUCCUUUCAGCUAUCAUAAUUGUCUUCAGUCCAUAUUUUAGUCAAGUCACACAGGGUGAUAAAAAAAUUCUACUGAAUGUUAGCUGCUUAACAGUUGUGAGAACAUCCCAGGACCCCAGCAACUUUCUGACAAGCAAUUUAUGUAAAACUUGUACUUGCAGGUAGCUUUUCUCCUCCUUUGAACAUCAACAACACCAAUAUCCAUUGAUGAUAAAAGUACUGAUUAUUUUUAUGAGACCAUUUGGCUAUGUUUAAAAACUUGUCUUGUUUCAGUGAAAUAAUCUGAAGAUCUACGUUCCAUGUUACUGAGUACUUUGUCGUCAGUGAAGCAUACAGUUGUUGGAAAUUGGGAUUUUAUUAUAUGUUCCAUAUCCACUAGAUUUCUUGCAACUGUCAAUUGAAUAACAGGUAAAGAUGUGAAAUACCUAUUAAAAAACAUAUGGAUUUCAUUACUGAUUGUUCUGAUAGCCUCGAAACAGUGAAACCCCAAUAUCUAUGCCUUUGCCCUAUUCAGUUCCUUCAGGAAAUGAUUCUUUUUGUUGAUACACUUCAAAUUCAAGGACAAGACUAAAAGGAAGUGGAAAAACAAAAUUAUUAAGUGCUUGUGGAUAUGAUUUUUCCCUGACAAAUCGCUUCACUGGACAAACCCCUGUAUAAAUGGGAUCAUCUGUCACGAAUAAAACAAUACAGCACCCCCUAGGCAGAUUCACAUAUCCCUCUCAUUAUCUUCCACAUUAUAGGUCUGAACUUCCACAACCUGUCUUCCUUUAUCUGCUGACUGGUAACAAACAGGAUUAUCAUUGUCCACCUUCAGAUGGUUUAUAAUGUGAAAAUAUUUUAUUUGCAAAUUUUAUGUGUAAGUGCAGAAACUUUUGUUGUUUUGGCCCAAUAAUUUGUAAUUCGGGAAUACUGCAGAUAAGACACAAGUACAUUUACCCUUAAGAGUGUUCAUAUUUCCUUUGAGAGUAUAUGUAGUGGCCUUCACAUUUAAUGAAUAUGCUUCAUAGUUAUUAAUACAGUCAUUAUCAUAACAAAAUCUGCAUCAUAAUAUUGGCAGAGGUAGUCAUAAGCCUUCUAUCAUUCUCAAGCAUGUGAAGCAUCUGGCUUACUUGGCAGAGCAGUAGCCAAGGCAUCAAAUCUGAAAUUAGUAAUGAUACUAUAUGAUGACAAGCUAGUGUUUCUUGAAAUCUAUAUUUUCUCGUUCAUUUCAUUGAUUAUGUUAGUUAUGUACUGUUGCCUUUCAUGUUAAUAAGAUUACAGGAAAAUAUUUUAUGUUGAUAACAUAAAUUAGUUGCAUAAAGAAAAAGUGGUCAUUGACACAUCCAAAAUCUUUGUUAUAUUAAUGAUGUCAUAAAUGCUGUGAGAAAUAUGGAUGAAGCAGAAAGACAAAGGUGCACAGUCAAACUUUAAUAAUGUAGAAGUUAUACCACAUAGCCUUUAUAAAAAUUAUAUUUAACAUAAUAGGAAUUCAUUUUGUGUAGAAUACUUGAACUUGUGAUUUGCCUUUACUUUAACAGUAUUUUUUGGUUUUGUAUUUGCAGCAAAUUAUUGUAAUUAUUUGUUGUUAUAAUAGAAACAUAAAUUGUGGAGAAAUGCCAGAAAAUACUGGUUUAAAUAACCAUUUAUGACUGUCUUAUGCAAGACUUGGUUUCUUGUUAUACUUGAGUGAAGGUUUUUUGAACUGAAAAACAGUUUUCAAUAUUAAUAGCUGUAUAUUGUCUUAUAUUAAUUUAUUUAUUUCUUAUACUGUAUCAGAAAAUGUUAAUAAUUAGGGAGUUUAUGGCCUGAAAACCUGUCUGUAAAAACAGGUUUAUGCCCCGUCCUUGUUGUUGCAUGUUAUAAAUUACAAGUACUUAAAUUAUUUACUUGUUAUGGAAUGACUAUUGCAAAUAAAAUGCCACUAUUUUUUGA